ACAGACGAUCAGAUUCACGAUAAGCAUACGGAAAGUUCCAAAAAUUUGAAUGCGCUUUCGAAUAGAGUUAGUUUUGUCACAAAAGAGCAAUUUUUCAAGUUAUUAUACCUCUUUUAUCGAGUUUUUGUGAGUGCGUGGUUGAACAAACUUAAUCGAGAUUUGCUCAUAAGAUAUAUCUUUCGGUGCGUGUUGAGCCUCAUCGAUUAAUUCGUAUGGCAUACUUUCCACAGAAUAAUCUAGUGAACUGCUUGGAUCGAGUCACUCAGCUCAUUGCUGACAGUUGAAAAUAUCUACGGCUGGACAAAGAGUUCCAAUUCAGAAAACUCAAGUUUUGAUAGUCUGAGAUAAGCAGAUGAUGCUUAAAUUCGAAUAAUUCCCUUACAGUGCAUAUGUUACUAUAAGUUUAUGUAUAUAUUAUUGAUCAUCAAAAGCAGAAAAGUUUGAGGUGAUUUCAUUUUGCUGCCUUCUGGAUUUUCUGAUCAGAAUAUAAGAUAGAUUUUUCAACCCAAGUGUAUCUUCAUUGCGUCUCUGAACUUCUAAAAUGCCGACAAAACCAAAACAUAGUAAGCCGGAAAAGGAAACAAAGGAGGAAAGAGAAGUGGACAUAGGAAGCAUACAUGAAGAACUGGAGGUACCAGUAUCCUCUGAAGUCGUUUUCAGAAAAAUUUGGACGAUUAGAAAGUUUACAAAAUCUAUUUCAAAGCGAGAUUUUGUAGAUAGUCCUGAGUUCAGGUGCUCUGUUAAUGGAGUGGGGACAUUUUGGAACAUUUCCAUUCGAUUUUGGAAAGGUCCAAACGGGAAGAAAGUAACGAAUCCAGUCGUAGUGUGCUUAAAUUUAACAGGAUGCGAGACAGAAGAGACUGGACAGGCAAGAGUCAGAUUUCAAUUUGGAGUUUGGGAUGCUAGUAUAAAACAUUGGGAAUGCUGUGCAAUUUCUAACGUUGUUUUGAAUCUCGAGAACAAAAAAAAUCUCCUUUCUGUUGGGUACAAAAGUCUCGGAAUAUUAGAUAGACAUAUGGACCAAUCAAAAGAUGUCAAGAUUAUGGUGAAACUUCAAAUAAUUCACAGCGAUGAAGAGGUGCACAGUUUAUCACGAGACAUGGCAAGAUUGAUGGAUAAAGAUUCCAUAGAAAAGGACACAUUAAUAGAAUGUGAAAAUGAUAACGAAGAAAAUGGUACAAAUUCCAUCACAGUUCAUAGUUGGAUAAUCCGUAUGAGAAGUGCAAAGUUAGGAUCGAAGUUACUGGAAUAUAAAAACGAAAAAAAUAAGCAUAUAAAAUAUAAGUUGGAUUUUUCUUGUUAUUCUCACAACCUCAUCUACGAGCUGGUCAGAUAUAUUUACACGGACAAAGUCGAUAACGCGGAAACGUAUGCUAGUCAUUUAUUGCCCCUUUCCACGAAGUACAAAAUGCCAGGUUUAACAGGACUAUGUGAAAGGACCCUUUUAGAAACGUUGACACCGGGUAAUGUUGCCAGUAUUCUUCUUUUGGCGGAUGAGAAUGGUUGCGAAAAUUUAAGAAAAGCUGCCCUACAUUAUUGUGAGGAAUCUGAAGAGAUAAAAGGCUGCAUACAUACAGGAAAAACGCUGGCGUGGAGAGUAAUGGAAAUGGUGAAUCCAGAUCUAUUUCUAGAAGCUUGCGAAAGUAUAGGAUCUUCAUCAAGUAAUAUAGAUAGUACAGGGUCUUGGAGUGAAUGAAUAAUUGGAAUAGUUCGGAGUUUAAGUGAUGAUUUAAACCCACCUUAAUACCUAAUGGGGAAGACCAGGGGGAAACGUGAGAUUUACUCGAAGGUGUCACGUCAAUAUUCAAUAUAAGGGGGGAUUUCGUGGAUCAUGAAGAAUACCUUUGCCAGAAAUUAACCCUGUUUACAGGUGAUUUGUAUAUAUAGAAAAAUUGAUACCUCUACUUCAUUUUUAACUUUUUUUUCCUGCUACCAUUGAAUCUUUGAAAUCCGCUCACUCUCCACGACGCUCGAAAUUCCUAAAAAAUAAUAAUAUUUUUUUAUAUCGAUACUUACUGCUAACGAGACUGCCUUCUUUAAAAAAGUUAUUAAAAUCUGAUCAAAAUCUAGAAUGUAACUUUUUCAUGAAUGUUUCUUUUAUUGGAACAUGAGUAACUAUUAUAUUCUUGUAUAGGUAUGUAUAUACUACAUACAUACAGAGUGUUAUUCCGUGAAAACUUGUAAAUAUUCGCUUUGAUACAAUUGUGAUAUUUUUGUAUGUUAAUUUGUGAAUACUAGAUACAUACUUUCUGAAGUAGGUAACUGAAAUGUAUAAACUACAAAAUGUUACAAAUAAAAAUAAUAUAAGUAAGUAAGCCAUA